UAUUUGACCAAUAACUUAAAGGGAGAGGAGAACAAGAAAAAGGAUCGGAGCUAGGUGCAAGUUUCCUAGAUCUCUCUCUCGAUAUCAUGUCGGCAAUUCUGCAGUGCAAGUCCGACGCGCCGGAGCUUCUCCCAAGGCUCAUGGAGGCGGCCGUCUUAGUCGGCUGUUUAGCGGCGUUCCUACUUUUCUGGAAGAGAACGGCCUGCAGCAAAGAAGCGACCCCGGCGGCGGCAGCGCCGGCUAAGAAGCAGCCGAAGAGGAUCAAGAACAGAGUAGAUAAUCACGUCGACGAGGGGAAAAGGAAGGUAACUUUGCUCUUCGGCUCGCAGACGGGGACCGCCGAGAGGUUCGCCAAGACUCUGGCGGAGGAAGCCAAUGCGCGCUACAAGAAGGCCGUAUUCAAAGUCGUUGAUCUGGAUGAUUAUGCAAUCGAAAACCACGAGUACGAAGAAAAGUUGAAGAAAGAGACUCUCGCACUGUUCUUCUUGGCAACCUGCGGCGAUGGUGAACCGACCGACAACGCCGCGAGGUUCUGCAGAUGGUUUUACGAGCUGGCGAAAGAGAAGAACGUCUGCUUGGACAACCUCCAAUACGCAGUUUUCGCACUGGGAAGCACGCAGUACAAGCAGUACAACAAGAUCGGUAUAGACGUGGAUCGAAUCCUCGACGAGCAAGGCGCGAAGCGGGUUCUUCCUCUGGGGCUUGGCAACGACGACCAGUGCAUCGAGGACGACUUCGUCGCAUGGAAAGAUCUCGUUUGGCUAGAGCUUGACAAGUUACUCUGCGAUGAGGGCGAUGUGGUCGGUUGAUCUACAUGCUACGUCGAUGCAGUACCAGAAUACCGCACCGUGCUCCUGGACGGAGCCGGAGAUGCUUCCCAUGUGAGAAUUUAAAUCAUGUAUGUUUGUAUCGAUUGUUACUCCAACCGCCUUCACAUUUUUUCUAUAAAUUAGUCAUUACACACCUGCGUUAUAUA